GAGGGAGACGUGAUGCCGCCUCACAUCUUCCCCCAGGACCUGCGGCUGAAUGCUGACGGGUACAUUGACCUGCUGGCCACCGUGGUGAAGCCGUGGAUUGAAACGGUGGCCAAUAGGCGGCCGUACGUUUGGCAGCAGGAUUCUGCACCAUGCCAUACGGCCGUAAAAACACGCCAAUGGCUCACUGCCAAUUUCGACCUAUACACCAGCACCGACGUUUGGCCACCCAGCUCCCCUGACCUUAAUCAUAUGGAUUACUUUGUGUGGGGCACAGUUGAUUGGGCCACCAACAGGGCGUCCUGCAAUACCAAAGCGGAGCUGGUGGUCAGAAUAAAGGCCGUGUUUGCGGCCAUCCCCAGAGACUUGGUUGUCCAGGCUUGCGCGUGGUUCCGGAAGCGGAUGCAGGCGGCCAUUGACGCGAAGGGGGGUACUUCGAAUACAAAAUGCGGCAAACAUGCAUCCGACAACGAAGGCAGGAGCUGUAGAAGUAAUUCAAAGGACUGCUUGAUUUGCUCCUGCUGCAGCCUGGUGUUCAUCGUCGGUGAUCAUCAUUAUUGGCGACGAAGGCAGCACAGGCAAAUUUAUCACAACAGGACAAGUUGCUCGUUCAGUCGUUAUGUACGAUGUACCGGCGCUUGUCGAUGGCACUUGGUUACCACCAUCAACUAUCUUGCCUGGCGGAUGGAUCAGGCUAGGAACAUCGAUCCUCCAGCAGCCGCUAUCACCGAUGCAGAAGCACUGCUGGGUAAAUGUUGUCUUACAACAGCGGUCAUCAUACCACGCUGAUUCUUCGGAGCAUGAACUUCGGCAAGCGAUGCAAUCGAUGAUACUGCAGAUCCGGUCAAUGCCUGUUGUCUACCGAUCUUCAUGCCUGAUUCCUGCGAUAGAGCAUGAGCAACCGGUACCAAUGAUGGCGCAGCAGUACUAGUUGACGGUUGCUGUCCAUGUUGCUGGCCUAACGGACGGAAUGGUGCAGGAACACCAGGUAAUGUUGACCGAUGAUGAUUAUUAUCACCGGCAUUCGAGACCAGCGCUGACACUGCAUCCAUUACCUUGAGCUGUUCAACAACACGGACUGGCAUUCUUUGUUGACUGAUCCGUGCGCGCUGACCGGCCACUGAAACCACCGAUUGCGCUGCACUUGUUGUCGGAAGUUGUCCAACAACACGGACUGGUACAUCUGACUGACGAAACGAUUGCACACCCCAAACGAGCGGAACACCCUGUGGGUCACCGGCCACCAACAUGCAUAUCGGCUGAAACUUGGACCCAUGCCAAAUUUAAGAAAAGCUGAACUAAUAUGCCGUGCGAAAAAGCAAAAUAAAUAUUUAAUGUUAAUGUUUAUUAAGCUAAACCGACAUUAUAUUUUUCAUCUAAGACGUUUUUGAUGUGUUUUUUUCUCAU